AUGUAUAAAUGUAAUUUCUGUGAGAGAGACAAUCUUGCUGAGACUGAGGCGAAUAAUUUAUUACCAAUAGAUGAUCAAAAUCUGUUACCAUCGCAAAUUUCAAGUUUUGGAAAUGAUGAAAGGAUCGAAAUCGAUGAUGAUGAUGAAAGGAUCGAUGAUGUUGAUGGUGAUGAUGGUAAAAGGAUUAAAGACGAUGAUGAUGAAAGAAUCGAAGAUGUUGAUGGUGAUGAUGAUGAAAGGAUCGAAGAUGUUGAUGGUGAUGAUGGUGAAAGGAUCAAAGACGACGAUGAUGAAAGGAUCGAAGAUGUUAAUGGUGAUGAUGGUGAAAGGAUCGAAGGCGAUGAUGAUGAAAGGAUCGAAGAUGGUAAUGGCAAUAAUGGUGAAAUGAUCGAUGAGGAUGAAAGUAUCGAUGAUGAUGAUAAUGAAUUAUCAAAUAAUAGUGAUAAAAGUGAAAAUUCUUCUGGUAAUAUUGACGAUUUUUACAAUGGAAGUUAUAUUGCUGCACUUGAUGAUUUAAAUGGCAAUAAUAAACAAGAAACUGUUACAUGGCCAAGUCAGACAUAUAAAGAAUUUAUGAUAGCAAUAACACAGUAUCGUAUUUCAGAUGCAGCAGGUGAUGCAAUGUUACAAAUAAUAAAAAAGAAUUGUACUGAACCACUACCUGCUUCUACACGAAAGGGACGAUUGUAUAUGGAUACAAUGAAUAUUAAAGGUCUUCAUCUAAAAACAUAA